AACCUGAGCUAAAACGAAACAAAACAGUCUAUUCAUAACUUUUUAAAAUUUGAAUUGAGGCUUGUCAUGUCUGUAUAAUAUUAUUUAAUGUUUUAUCUAUGGUAACAUUACCUAAUCUGUCAUCAUUAAGUUAACGUUAAUUUAAAAACGCGACAAAGACCACAUCGAGCGUUUCUGGAUUUAUGACCCAGUCACGUUAGAAUUAACGGCUAACGUAAACUGUUUCGUUCAAUAGUCCGGCUAACGUUAUUACUGGAUGGGCUGUCGUUAUUUUUCGUUUCCCCGCAAUUGAUUAAUAGGCUCCUAAUUCUUCGGAGAGUCUCGCAUCCUCUGCCGGGUGGUCUCGUAUGAACCGUGUCGAGGCAGCGACGAGGGGUCGGGGGCUCCGCCAGCCGAGCCGGGCUUCAGGAUGAAGAUGCCCAGAGGAGGACGCCUGUUCCUGGCGACGUGCCUCGGCUCGCUCUUCGUUCUUGUGCUUUACUUUCAGAGCAUCACCAAGCCAGAAUAUGGUGUGAAGACUGGCAGCAGACCAGGGAAAAUCAGGAGAAGUCCGCUGCAGACCCUCUACAAUGGAGACCAGCAGCUGGAUCUGUUGGCAGCUCAGAGGUCCCUCCAAGGCCGCAGGGAGCUGUUGGAGCAGGCGUGUCUGAGCCACACGAGGAAGCGCCGGGUGCUUUCGCCUGAGGAUCUCAAACACCUCAUUGUGGAUGAUAAACACAGCCUUAUUUACUGCUAUGUACCCAAGGUAGCCUGCACCAACUGGAAGCGUGUCCUCAUGGUCCUCACCAGUGACGGCCGUUACACCGACCCCCUUGCCAUCCCUGCCAACGAGGCGCAUGUAGCCGGUAACCUCCGCACACUCUCCGAGUUCUCCGUCCCCGAGAUAAACCAGCGCCUUCGCAGCUACCUCAAGUUCAUCUUUGUGCGGGACCCCUUCGAGCGCCUGGUAUCGGCCUACAGGAACAAGUUCACACGCCGCUACAACACGGCUUUCCACAAGCGCUACGGAACCAAGAUCAUCCGCCGGCACCGGCUCAACCCGGAGCCUGAAGCGCUGGAGAAAGGGAAUAACGUUUCUUUCCAAGAGUUUGUCCAGUAUCUUGUGGAUCCUCGGACCCAGCGGGAGGAACCUUUGAAUGAGCACUGGGAGCGGGUGCACACCCUCUGCCACCCCUGUCUGAUCCACUACGAUGUGGUGGGGAAGUACGAGACUCUGGAGCCGGACGCUCAGGCUGUGCUCAGUUUGGCCGGAGUGGAGGGGACGCUUAAAUUUCCGACGUCUGGUAAAAGCACCAGAACUGAUGGCAACAUGGCAGCAGGCUUCUUUAAGCACAUCAGUCCUUUCUACCAGAAGAAACUGUUCAACCUGUAUCGAAUGGACUUCCUACUCUUCAACUACUCCACACCAGAGUAUCUCAGGACUCGAUGAGAGGCGGAGAGACAACGACUGGCGUCAGUGCCGUGACUGGAUCGGUUUUGAUAUCUUUCCUUUCACAUCCCAUUCAUAUUUUUUCAGCAAUGACUAUUUUGCACUUUUCGGUUGCCACAGACGAUUUUCACCCCUGCGUCGGGUGUUCCAUCACAGGCACAGACUUGUCACUACUACUCUCAAGCAGAAACUGAAGGCUGUAGAGAAUGAUUUGAUUUUCUGGUUUCAUGUGAAUGGAACUUUCUAAGUGGAACCAAAUUUCUUCCAGAGAAGGAAAAGACUGACAGUUUGUGCUGUAAUCUACCAAAAAUAUGUCACAUUUGUAGAUUUUCUGCCAAGUGUGAAAAGUUUUAAUCGGGAGGAACCUUUGAAUGUUUUAAUGUUAAGCAGAAUAGACAAAUUGUUUGCUUUAGGUUCACUUAGAAAUCAGUAUUUAUUUUUGCCAUUUCUCGCCUAGAAAUUUGUCAAAUUGAGCAAACCUUUCUUUGACUCCUUACAUGUGGUCGUCGAGUUGGUGUAACGUGCCUUACCAGCCUUCCUGCCGUGCCCACUACAAUAACAGUUUUCCCAUGGCUUUGGUUUUUUCUGAGCCAUAACUUAAAGUCGCACUUGAGGAGCAGGUUCUCCUCUGGCGUGGGUAAACAGGUGAACAUGCUGACUGUGAAACUGAGCGCAGCGGAUUAUUUCAAAGCACCUACAGCACAGUAUCUCUGGAAGGCCUUUAUUUAUGUAUGUCAGAGCAUAAAGUAUUUAUUAUGGAAGUGUGCGGAUUUGGGCUCAUGAUGUUGUUAAGAUUAAUUUUAUAUGAAAGAAUAAGGGUUUCAACUUUAACUUGCAUGGAAAGUUACUUGCUGUUUUGGCUUUUGCACAUAUACUGAUGCCAAAUAGAAAUCUCUUCUGAGCAACUCUGUGCUUAUCAUAUCACAGUUUUCUUUUUUUUUUUUUUGUAACUUUUCUGAUCAGACCCGAUCUGAAAAACUACAUCCAGGUCUUAUCUUGCUCGUCUCUGCACUCGUUGACUCCGUCUUUAAAUUUGUAUGCGAGAAUUAUUUCCAGGGAAACCUGCAGUCACUCCUCAGUUUCAGUAAAAGCUUAUUGCCAUCGCUUCUCUAUCGCUGUCUGUAUUUAGCUCUGGGCAGGUAGGCUGAACAAACAACCACAUAGCUGUGGUCGGGGCUGGGUGCAGCACCAGCACUACUGCCGCUCAGAGCUCCCCUUGUUAGGGUGACAGCAGGCACACGAGGGGUUAAUCCACCUCCAGUCAUCUCCACUGCACUGAACGGCCUUGUUCAGCAGUGUCAGUGAAUUUAAGCUAAAAGUACAGAGGUUAAUGUAGGAAACUGUUUAAUAAAUGAGCUGCAGAAAUGUCAGUUUUAACAAAUGGCUUCAUAGAGUUUGAAAUUUUUAAAGAGAAAUUCCAGUUUUUACACAUCAAAGUCUGUUAGCAGGUGUUGUGAGAAAAGUUAUAUAAAGCCUUUUGUCGCUCAAUGCCACAUUAGCCGCUACCAGUAUAACAUACCUGAAUCUCAGAUCAAAGUAUCAGUGGUUGAGUUGCAUUGUGGGUAAUGUAGGUGCCAAGGUUUGACUAGGAGUAGAAUAAAAAAAAAAGAAAAAAAAAAGUGAUAUCACAGACUCUUUUUUUUAACUGUUCAUGAGCUCGUCAGUGUUCUUGAAACUAGAAGUAAAAUCAUCCAAUAGGUUUACAUCAUAUAAACUUAUACAGUCAAAUCUGCCAGGCAGUUUGUAAAACCAAUGUUUAAAAAACUUUGUGUAGUUAAUUUUAACUACACUGUCUCUAAUUACUACAACAAAUCUAGCCUGGAUGAAUUGGACCUGUCAUGUCUUUGUUUAUCGGGUCAUUCCUGAGAAAAACAAGAAUUUCACCUCAAACAAAAAAAAAGUCAACUUCUCCAUUUAAGUAGACACGUCCCACAGGACGGAUAUUAGUUGCAGUUUUGCUCAAAAAAAAAUUAUCCUAGUGCAUGUCAAGACAAGUUGGCACCAAAGUGGCAGGAAACAGCUUAGACUCUUUAUCUUCCAGAUUUUUUAAAUAAAAUAUUUCAUUUUUUGUUAGACAGGUCAGCGCAGGCCAAUUCUAGAAACAUUAUGUUUUUCUUGCUUUGAAAGGUGCAAUAUCUGUGUGUAUCUGAGUGUGGGUAAUGUGUUAAAAGUUUUGUGUUUUUAUAAGUGACUUCCUGUUUUUAUUCUAGCCUUAAAUUUUGUGCCAUCGAGUUUAUGCCACUUUUUUUUAUUUUUCUGUUGGCUAUGAUUGCAUGAUUGCCAUGGAUUACAGGGUUUUCAUUUUUAAUGCUCUCCUUUGUAGCAGUGUGUGAUUUAAGCCAUAAUUUGCAAGAAGCUGCAACUUGCCAAAAACCGAUCACACCCUUAAUGUUUUUUUUCUUCCUACUGGCUCAAUGACAUGCUGCACAAAAUAUAUGUUUUACCUUUUAAUUUCCUUUUUUUUUUUUUAUCCUGAAAAAUA